AUUCGUUAAGAGAUGAGCUGUUUCCUCACAAAAAUCAUAAAAAUCCCCAAAAAAACAAAAAAACGGCCUCUUGUUCGCUUGCCAGUGUGGAGAUGCUCAUAGAAAGUGUAUGGGAGCGCUGCGUUAUGCAUUGAGUUGCUAACUUUGUAAGCUUCCGUGGAUAGAAGGGCUCUUAUGUAGAAGCCGACACCAGAGUGAUGACGUAUCCACGCUUCUUGAACUUUGAUUGAAGAUGUUAACGAUCACUUUCAUUGGCCUUGAAGUGUCAUCCCUGACAUUCCCAGCAUGAACACUGCUGAGCCGUAUGAACCCGUCCAGUACCACUGGUUCUAUAACCAAUUGGUGGACUCCAAAGACUCCUGGCAACCUUUCAGCAGAGAAGACUCACAGCGGCUGGAGGAUGCUUACAAUCGAGUUGGGAAAAGUGGCAAAGAGGAAGUGGUGGUGGCUACAGAAGGAAGGAGAUAUGAUGUCAGGCUGCGUGAAAGGAGACGGUAUGCUAUGUACUGGGAACAAGCGCCCACCGAGGUCAGGCGCUGCUCCUGGUUCCAUAAAGGCAGUAAAGAUAUAACCUACACUCCCUAUCCUGAAGAACUCAGUGGUAUUCUAGAGGACGCCUAUAUGAUUGCAGUUACCCUGGAUGAAUGGAAGACAAAUUUGGAGCUCCCAACAGGUGAAACUGUCAUCCUUCACAAUCCCAAGCUUAUGACACAGCAUCCAAACAACUUCAAGGACUUUCCCCCUUCCCCGACUGAGCGGGCUCAACCUAGAACACUAAAGAGAGGGAUUGAGAAUAUUUCAGUGGAGAUACCAGAGGGAGAACCAGAGAGAGUAGACCACCUAGUAUUCAUGGUUCACGGUAUUGGUCCAGCGUGUGACGUACGGCUCCGGGGCAUUGUCCAGUGUGUGAAUGAGUUCCGUAAUGCCUCCAACGGCCUCAUAAACAGUCACUUCAGGCAGGGUGAGGACACAAGCACAAUUGGAAGAGUAGAGUACCUUCCGGUCAACUGGCACAGAGUCUUGCAUGGUGAAACCACUGGAGUUGACAAAGACAUUGAGAGGAUCACACUUCCUAGCAUUAGCCGCCUGCGUCAAUUCAGCAAUGACACAGUGCUGGACCUUUUCUUCUACAAUAGCGCUACAUACUGCCAGACCAUUGUAGAUACAGUGGCCUCUGAAAUCAACCGUCUGCACAGCCUUUUCCUCCAGAGGCAUCCACACUUCACUGGAUACGUUUCCCUGGCAGGACACAGUCUAGGCUCAUUGAUCCUGUUUGAUCUCCUGACCAAUCAAGAGUCAAGUUCAGAAGGCACGGCACAUGAUGAGCUAGAGGAUCCUCACAUUGAGACAGCCUGCUGUUCCUAUGAGAACCUGGAGGAGGCGCUCAGGGACCAGGGGUUUGAGGAGCACCUCAAAGUACUGCAGAGAGAACAAGUGGAUAUGGAGUCCUUGAUGCUCUGCUCAGAGAAGGAUCUUAAAGAUAUUGGGAUGCCACUUGGUCCUCGCAAGAAGAUUAUGAACUAUGUGAAGAAAUGGAAGCACUCCAGAACUGGAGGUGGACAUGCAGCCCAAACUGAGACAUAUACCCCAAGUCUAGGGAUGAGAAGUGCUAGAGAACAUCAGAACCCCACCACAAGUGCAGUUGAUUAUCAGCAUUUUGAUGUUGGCAUUGGACAGGUAUCCAUUGAUUAUCCUCAAUUGGCCUUUCAUCCCCAAGCAUUCUUUGCUAUGGGUUCACCCAUAGGAAUGUUUUUGAUUGUUAGAGGUCUGAAGAGGAUCGACCCUAAUUAUAGCUUCCCUACCUGCAAGAGUUUCUACAACAUCUUCCAUCCUUUUGACCCAGUGGCAUAUCGAAUCGAGCCCAUGAUUUUGCCUCCAGAUGUGAACUUACCACCCAUGUUGAUGCCCCAUCAUAAAGGCAGAAAGAGGAUGCAUCUUGAGCUGAAAGAUGGACUGACUCGAGUCAGUUCUGAUUUACUGGGCUCACUGCGCAUGGUUUGGCAGAGCAUUUCUCAAGUACCCACACCAGCGCUUGCAGAGGGUGGAGUCAAUUCCAUGUCCCCUGCAGAUGAAGCAGAAGUCUCUCCAAUGGAACAGGAAGAUGGGAAGCUCACCAAGGUUGGGAUGUUGAAUCUUGGGCAACGUAUUGAUUAUGUUCUUCAGGAGACACCAAUUGAGAGUUUCAAUGAGUACCUGUUUGCAAUACAGAGCCAUUUGUGCUAUUGGGAGUCAGUGGACACAGCUCUGUUGGUUCUGAGAGAGCUUUAUGCAAACAUUCCUUCAAGAUCUCAGUCAUAGAUGUUCUUUCCUGAUUGUCACUGUAUAUGCCUAUUGUAUCCACCAUUUUCCUGACCAACCUCUGGGCGGCACUAUGAUGAUUCUGAUUGCCCCUGGACUGUUUUUGGUUCCAGUCUCCAUAUUCAGACAGAGAAAAACCAUUCAGGCUCAACUUGUGCAGUUGUUGGCUGUCAUAACAACUCUUAAGUAGUUAAUAAUAUCAAUGUAACUAACUUCGGGCCAACAUCUACCCUCUCGGGUGAGGCACUGUCAUAAGACGGUCAUCUUUGUAAAGUAUCGGCACUAUGGAGCCAUAUGUUUUGUUUUUUCAAAUUUAAUACACUAAUCAUCACAUUAUCUGCUAAAAACCUACUCCGGUGCGAGUGAAAACACUGAAGACCAGAAGACAAAAGCAGGUAUCCAUUAUGACACUUUCGCGUUCAGGACAAAUGUGGAUAAUACUGACAAACUUUAAAGCACAGUCCACCAUAAGUCAAGUAAAUAACUCUGUGGAUUUUAACUAAUAAACAGCCUAAAAAUGUAGACUUUGAAUUUGGAAUCUCACCUGAAGAGUUGCCAGUGUUGGGCAAGCUGCUCAAAAAAUUUAGCAAACUAAGCUACAAACUACUCAACAGAAAAAUGUGUUAAGCUAAGCUAAAAGCUACACUUCAGAGAAAGUAGCAAGUUACACUACAAGCUACAUGCCAAAAGUAGCUUGCUACAUUUAAGCUACUUCAUAUUUUUUCAACCGCAGAUGCACGGAGCAUACCGUUAUAGACAAAGCACCUAAAAGACAUAUUCAUAUGAUGUUUAUCAAAGCCAUGGUACCAGUGGCCGAUUUAGGCAUGGGCGACAUGGGCAGUUGCCCAGAGCGGCAUCUUGCGGGCGGGGCAGCACGAGGCACCCUCACAGAUCCCCCCCCCCCCAACAACUUUGGGGUGUGUUGAAGUGGGUUUCGCCCAAGGCGCCAUACAAGCUAGAACCGCUACUGCAUGGUACAGUAUAAUACAGUUUAAUGCAAGGAGCAAAACAUACCGGUAUGUGCAUGUAAAAACAAACAAAAAACAAACAUGUAAAUUCAUUUUUAGACAUGCUACUUAUACAAAUCCAUGUGUUCAACAUUUAAAGUCACUAUUUUUACAUUUUAUUUUUCAUAUUUAUACUACUACCUCUACAAACCCAUACCCAUUUAAACAUAAUUUCACUUGCACAUUCCUGUAUGUGUACUAUGCGAACAUACAGUAUACUAUUCAUCUAUUCAAUACAGAAGUACAGCAGCUAGACACAGAAUUACAGGAUAUAUCAGAGGCCAAAUUUCUUGUGUGUGUGUGAGCACAUCAGGGCAAUAACAAUGUGUUUUUGGUGGUAUCAGUAAUAUAGUACUUUGAUAUAUAGUUACCAUAUUUAUGUACCAUUCUGUAUUUACAUGGUACUUCAAAGUACUUCAAAGAAUACCAUGUUACUACCAUGGUAAAUUGAUAUAUGAUUACCAUAUUCAUUUACUAUUUUAUUUACAUGGGGCUUCAAAGUAAUUAAAAAAAAAUACCAUUGUACUUUGCUAUAUGAUUACCAUAUUCAUAUAUCAUUGUAUUAAUAUAGUGCUUCCAAAAAACAUGGUAAUGCCAUGGUACUUUUUUGUGCUUUUGUGUAGGCUAAUACGUGUUUUGAUACUCUUUUGGUUGGAAAAUGUAUUUACCUGCAGAAGUCGUUUACAAGCUGCACACGUGUUGAACUUUAUAAAGACCUUCAUGACUGGCAAAUGUUAGGACGCAUUUGCAGGUUUGAUUUCCAUUGAUUGUAGAUCCGCUGCAACCAGCGGUAUCUUUAUUUUUGUUAUAAAAUACUCCGUGAGCUUUUUGAAAAGUGAGAGCGCGCGUAAAUGAUUCAGCAGUGCGCGCGCAAGCUUUCUGAGGCAUUCAGAUUGAAUCGCGAACCGAUUCACGUGUGACCAAUUCAUUUUAAAGAACCGACUCAGAUGAGCGAUUAAUUUGUGAUCGGACAUCUUUAGUUUUGAUUCAAAACUGGCGAUAGUAAACACCGGGUACAAGGCAUGAUGUAGCGGUGUAGCUUUUCUCAACGCUACGCCGCUACAUAGUCAAAAAUGUAGCGUCGCUACUGAAAACGUCUUGAUUUAAAAACAAUCGAAGCUACCACAUUGCUACUCAGAAAUUUAGUUAAGCUAAUACUGCCCAUCACAGAGAGUUGUUGAGUAUUACCGUGUUGUUGCCAUAUUCUCAAGGCAGGCUUCAUGAUCCACUCUAAUGUCCCUUUGUGCAUUGUAAUAGAAACCUGAAUGUAACUUUUAUCUAAAAUAUUAACUCAUUGUAAACUUUGGUCAGUGGUUUUCUAAUUUCGAAAUUGAUUAACUAAGAAAUAUUAUAUUCCUGAUAUGUUGGCAUUUAAAAAUAUAUAUAUUAUUAAACUUCUAACCCAAAAUGUA